CAUGAACUGAAGAGCCAGCGGCGGCCGUUCAUUUCAUCUGCUCACCUUCUCUCUCUAGGGUUCCUCUCUCUCCUCCGCCAGGGGGCAUCUGCUCCAAUCCUCCACCUCCGGCGCGCACAUCUCGACUCUUGGAGGACAUUUUUGGGGGGCUUGAAGCGCAGAUCAGACCUAGGGGGCAUCUGCUCCAACCCCCCACCUCGAGAGAGAGAUGGUGAUGGACGAGCCCCUCGACUUCGAGGAGGAGGAGGAUCCCCUCUUCCCCGCCCCGCGCCCCACCAAGAGAAAGAAGGUUAUCGGCUUGGAUGAUCUUUUACUGGAUUACUUUGGAACUGGUAAGGAUUUGCGCAAAGUUAAGGCUGCCAAGACUAAACAUGGCCCCAUGGGACAUGAUUCAGAUGAGGAGGACAAGAAGGGUAGGGAGGACGAGAUUUGCAAAAUAUUUGAGGAUUGUGAGGAAAAAGCCAAAGGGUUGGAUGCUAGAGACGAUGUAACCCCAUGGGGUCAACAAAUUUUUGGCUGCCAGAAGGCCUCCUCGAACCUUAGCGAUAUGGGAGUUGAAAAUUGUAAACUUUUGCUAUCGUUCUGUGCGAGUGAGCAUCUAGGUUUCGAUCUAGAGAUCCAACAAGGAGAGGGGUUUCUUGAAGGCAUGCUGAUGGAUGGAUGGCUUUUGAAGUUGGUUCACAUUGGUGGUUCUGUUGAAGACUCUAUUGCAUCGUGGACGCUAACCAAGUUGUUGUAUUCAUCCAAUAAGAAGUUACAAGUUUCUGCAACUGACUUUUGGGAUAGUAUUCUUUCCCUAGAUGAGGAUGAUAAACUGCUGGUCAACCUUGGGUAUUUUCCAAGCUAUUCUGUUCUAAAAUGUGCUAUGCUUAGCUAUGGGUAUCUUUUUGAGAAUCCUGGCACUAAAGCUUCAACCUCUGAAAGUGCCACUGCAGAUAGCUCUGAUGCUGGUCCACCUCAUAACAUCAUUGUAUGGUUAAGAGUUGUAUCUGCUUGCUGCAAAAUCAGAAAAGUGUGUUCCAUCUUCUCAGCUUCUGAGGCAGAAGAACUCCUUGUUAUUGUCAUUUCCCUCUUUUUGGACCGUGGGCUUGAAGGGCUCCUGAUUAUUUUGGGAGACUGCCUUAAUUCACUUGUAUUAUACUUUGAUACAAGUGAGUGGGAAAGUAGCUGUGUGAUGGUGGCUGAAUCAAUCGCCAAGAGGGUCAGUAUGGACCUUAAUUGUUUAAGGAUAGUCGACUGCAUUACUGGAACCAAUAAGCGCAGUAAAUUCCUGAGGAGUCAGCUGGCGCUUCAGCUGCUGAAGUUUAACUUUGGCCUCAAGGUGGGGAAUGUUGAAAAGAUUUUGAAGCUAGUGACAUCCAUCAAUGUGAAGGAGAAAGAAUGUGACUUUUUCAGGCUUUAUGUGUAUCUAGUAUUGAUGGACAACUUACUUUUCUCAAGUGAUGCAUUCAGAGAUAAGACUAAGAUCGUUGAUACUUGGCGUAAUUAUCUGCGCAACUGUUCCACGCAGAUUGCAUGCACAAACUGGGGAUUCUAUGCUCCAAAGGUCAGAAACAAGGCUUCGUAUCUUCUGCAAGGUGCAAUAUUUAAAAAAACUGGUGGCGAUGGUAACGUUUCUGCUCGGUGAUUGAGAGGCGCAGUAUCUAUUGCAGCGCUAUUCCGGUGGCAUAGACUGGGCAACAGUGAAAUGCUCAUAGACGGUUUUUGUAUUAGGUUUAUGGCAGCUAGGUUUGACUAUGUUGUGGCUUAUGCCAUGGCACAUUGGCAGCAGCAAAAAUAGAGCAAGACGGCCGCAAUCAGCGCCGAGCAGACACCUGACCUGAUGAUGGUGAUGCAAUCAGUGAGAUCUAGUUAGCUGCGGAGGAAUGGAUGCACAUGAUAAAUAGGGAGAACACAAACUUCAACCUCUCAGCCUACUCCCAGCAGUCGAUUUUGAUUUUUGAUUUUUGCGUUUUGUUUGGUGGAGCUCAUUGGCGAGCGCAUCUGGAAUCCGGGACGACUGGAAGCGCAAAUCAUCAGCAACUCGCGGCUCUCCGUGAUCUGGUGUGGCGGAAGCUUAGGUCAGAAUCAGUGUUUGAAAUGAAGUUUUGCUAACAGGGGGAAGACUAACAUCCAACAGAAAAAGCGCACAAGCUUUUUUUCCAAACACAUGCCAAUUACAAUGCCAAGAGCACAGAAGAACAAGUCUCUGUGAUAUCUCCGAUGCAGCUCUGCAAUAGUGGAUUCGAAUCAGGUUCUACAUCAGUGGAUUCUACAACAACACAUUUGUCCAUAUUGUUACGCACGCGGUUUAAUUUCGGUGUUGUAGCAACUUUUUUGUAAUUCAAGAUUUGUUGUUUUCACAUCUGGAGGGAAUGUGUUUUUUCCGCGGAUCUAUCUUGUUGCUAAAACCUAGAAACAAAUUUGCAGAUGAUGGCCGUGUAAAGAGAAUUUUUCAAUCUGUGUGUCA